AUGGGUGAUGAAUAUGAUGGUUGCGAAUGUGUGUGGUCACAUGAGUGGGCCAUGCAAAGGCUAUUAAAUUUUAUACGUCAAAAUCAAAAUGAAUGCACCGAUACGAAUUGCAUUGAUGUUACUGGAAGAUUGCAGCAACCCGGCGGUUCAUCAACCGGUGGUGAAGAGGGCAAUUUUACCAUGAUGACUAUGAUUAUGAUCUUUGCUAUGGUCAUGUAUUUCAUAAGACCAGAGUCGAUACUGAAGCUAACCAAUAGCAACAAACGAAAUGGUGGCAAUCCAAAUGGAAAUAAUGGUGGCGGUGGACCGCCACCACCAACACCGCCGGCGGUUAACUAAUACAUUCAAAUGA